AUGGGGACACAGAAGGUCACAGCGCCUCUGAUCUUUGCCAUCUCCAUUGCUACAAUAGGCUCUUUCCAGUUUGGCUACAACACCGGAGUCAUCAAUGCUCCUGAGAUGAUCAUAAAGGACUUUCUCAAUUACACCCUGGAGGAGACGUUGAACGACCGUCCCACUGAGGUGUUACUCACUUCCCUCUGGUCCUUGUCUGUGGCCAUCUUCUCCGUUGGUGGUAUGAUUGGCUCCUUCUCCGUUGGACUCUUUGUCAACCGCUUUGGCAGGCGCAAUUCAAUGCUCAUUGUCAACCUCUUGGCUGUCGCUGGUGGCUGCCUUAUGGGGUUCUGCAAAAUAGCCUGGUCGGUUGGAAUGCUGAUCCUGGGCCGGUUGGUUAUUGGCCUCUUCUGCGGCCUCUGCACAGGUUUUGUGCCCAUGUACAUCGGCGAGGUCUCUCCCACUGCCCUCCGGGGGGCCUUUGGCACUCUCAACCAGCUGGGCAUCGUCAUCGGGAUCCUGGUGGCUCAGAUCUUUGGUCUGAAAGUCAUCAUGGGGACUGAAGAGCUUUGGCCCCUGCUUUUGGGCUUCACCAUCAUUCCAGCUGUCCUGCAAAGCGCAGCCCUUCCGUUUUGCCCCGAGAGUCCUAGAUUUUUGCUCAUCAACAGAAAGGAAGAGGGGAGUGCUAGGGACAGUGAGUAUCCUUCACACCUUCGCUGUGGGAAUUUUGGGGUUGUGGUUUGUUUCAGGAUGAGGGCAUUGGAUCUGGUGUUCUAUUAUUCAACAGGAAUCUUCAAAGAUGCAGGUGUUCAGGAGCCAAUCUAUGCCACCAUCGGCGCGGGCGUAGUUAAUACCAUCUUCACUGUUGUCUCUCUGUUUCUGGUGGAAAGGGCAGGGAGGAGGACUCUCCAUAUGACUGGCCUUGGAGGGAUGGCUGUUUGUUCCAUCUUUAUGACCAUCUCAUUGUUACUAAAGGAUGAGUAUAAUUGGAUGAGCUUUUUUUGUAUCGGGGCUACCUUGGUCUUUGUGGCCUUCUUUGAAAUUGGCCCAGGCCCCAUUCCCUGGUUUAUCGUGGCCGAACUCUUCAGCCAAGGACCCCGCCCAGCCGCGAUGGCAGUGGCUGGUUGUUCCAACUGGACCUCCAACUUCCUGGUUGGGCUCCUGUUCCCUUCAGCUGCAUUCUAUUUAGGAGCCUAUGUUUUUAUCAUCUUCACUGGCUUCCUCAUUCUCUUCUUGGUCUUCACCUUCUUCAAAGUCCCUGAGACUCGUGGCAGGACUUUCGAGGAAAUCACACGAGCCUUCGAGGGGCAGGCUCGGGAAGCUAACAGAGCUGAGAAAGGCCCCAUCGUGGAGAUGAACAGCAUCCAGCCCACAAAGGAAACUGCCACCGUCUAAGCCAUGCCUCCUUCCCGCCUCCCUCCCAACAUGGAAAAGCAACCUCUCCCCAGAUGAGGGAGAGACCUCAUCAGCUUGUAACCCAGGACUGUUUCUGAAUGCUGCUACUUG